AUGGGAGUUAUUGAAAUUGAAUCAGAACAACAAUUUACUGAAUUGACUAAAGCCGAUCCAUCCAAAUUGAUUGCACUUUAUUUCCAUACACCAUGGGCAGGACCUUGUAAAACCAUGAAUCAAGUAUUCAAAACAUUAGCUGAUUCUAAAGAAUCCGAUAAUUCAAUAAUUUUUUUAAGUAUAAAUGCUGAUGAAUUACUGGAAAUUAGUGAAAUUUUUGAAGUUAGUGCCGUUCCUUAUUUCAUAUUAAUUCGUAAUCAAACCAUAUUGAAAGAAUUAUCAGGAGCUGAUCCUAAAGAAUUUAUUCAAGCAUUAAAUCAAUUUUCAAAUAAUAGCAAUAGUACCAGCAUUAAUAAUGAUAAUAUUCAAGGAUCAAUCAAUAACAAUAGCAACAAUACAACCACCACCAAUACCAAUAAUAAUAACAACAACAACAACAACAUUAAUACUACUGAAGUGGAGGAAUCAGAGGAAGCAUUAAAUGAACGAUUAAAUAAAUUAACUAAAGCAGCACCAAUUAUGUUAUUUAUGAAAGGAUCUCCUUCUUCACCACAAUGUGGAUUUUCUCGUCAAUUAGUAGCAAUUUUAAGAGAACAUCAAGUUAGAUUUGGAUUUUUCGAUAUUUUAAAAGAUGAUUCAGUUAGACAAGGAUUGAAAAAAUUUAGUGAUUGGCCAACUUUCCCUCAAUUAUAUAUUAAUGGUGAAUUCCAAGGUGGUUUAGAUAUCAUUAAAGAAAGUAUUGAAGAUGAUGAGAAAUUUUUCGAACAUGCUUUGGAAGCUUGA